AAACGAAAGUGCGGGACUACGAACGAAUUCGUACUGGUAGGCAGACAUGAAAUUCGCGGCGUUAUGUGUGUUGGUAGCAGCCUACCUGGCUGCGCCAUGUUACUCGGAACCGUUCAUCAUGGAAUUGCCAGGCUACGCAAAGGCCGUCAUGGGUGGUUAUGGAAACCUAAGUACGUCCUGGUAUGAACCUCGCAAGCCGUUUUAUUCCUUCCGUUAUUUCCAUUACGCCGCCAAACCCACCUACGAGACAAGAUUUCUGCCUCCUGUUGCAUCAAACUAUCCCUAUCCUGAUGACGAAAUCUACAACUCGAUCGAUUUGCCACCAGGAUGCGCACAAGGCAGCGAUAAUGCAUUGGAAGAUUGCCUAAUCCUUAGCGUUUACACUCCUAUGUUCCCGGGUAACGCAUCUGAUCCUAAUACCAGUUAUGACAACUUGCUGCCCGUUAUGGUCUGGAUUCACGGAGGUUCUUUCGCAUACGGUCAAAGUAUUAUCUACGAGCCUAACACCUUUAUGGCACAUGAUGUCGUUAUGGUUGUAAUUCAAUACCGUCUUGGUGCUCUUGGAUACCUGUGUCUAGACACGGAUGAAAUUCCCGGAAACGCUGGCAUGGCUGAUCAAAUUGAAGCUUUACGUUGGGUACAAAAGUUCAUCAAAUACUUCGGUGGUGAUAAGGACAAGGUCACCAUUGUUGGAGAAAGCGCCGGAGCAGCAAGUGUUGGCUUCCUCCUUCUAGCCCCUCAAGCAAAAGAAGAAGGUCUGUUUAGAUAUGCCAUUGCCGAAUCUGGCUCUAUGCUAACUGACUGGGCCCUCGAUCGCAAUGCCUCCAAACACGGUUAUCGAAUUGCUGAACUGACCGGUUGCCCGCUGGAACCUUAUGCUGACCUGCUGCACUGCUUGCGAACCAUAGAUCCCAUUGAGCUGAAACGCGCUCAGGGCGCGUUUUCGAACGAAGACGAGAAAAAUGGAGGGCUUGGUUUCGGAGGGCAAUCACCCGUCAUCCAAGUUGCCGGAAAAGAAAAAUAUUUGACAGCAGAACCGAGACAACUGAUUGAAAGUGGACAAUACAUGACGGACGCGCACAUUCUGUUUGGUGCCAAUGAAGGCGAGGGCAUCAUGGCAUUCGAUAUGAUGUUAGACGGAUACAUCCAACCCAACAACCUUAUGGAAAACGAAGACUUUUUCAAGUUCGACGUAGUUCGAGUCAUUCUAGGCGCUUUAAGUGUUCGCGAUGACACGAGCGCUUUGUCGGAUGCGCUGAUUUCAAAGUACCUGGGCUAUGCAGUUGAUUCGUGUCAAAUGGGAAAUUAUACAGCCAUGAUCAAUGGAUUGAUAGACAUUUGUGGCGCACUUUUCCUGAAGGCCGGUGGCUGGCAAACUGUGCUGCUACACACCAAAUACAACCCUCACGCUUAUUGGUAUUCAUUUGACUUUUUCGGCAAAGUCAGUUUGAUUGGAGCUGACGAGACUCUGCCCCGCGGUGUCAUGCACGCCGAUGAAAUCAUGUACCUAUUCACGAUGCCGAUUCCCCACAACGAAACGGAGAUCGACUUGUCAAGGAAAAUGAUUGAAGUGUGGACCACUUUUGCCACAUACGGAGAGCCGACACCAGACGGAGUGACGAUGAGGGAAGGCAUUCCGAAAUGGCCUGCCUACACCCAUGAAAAGAAAGAGUUUAUGGCCAUCAAUAAAUACUGGAGCGUUAAGAACGAUUAUUCUUUGUAUUACACCAUAACGGUGGAUAAGGCCGGACCGAGAACCGUCGACCCAGAAACCGCAAAAGAAUGUGCAAACGCUUAUUGGAAAUCCAAGAAAGAGAGACGUCACUAAACACGAAAGACGACACUUCCCAAGCUAUUCUUUGUAGAUGAAAAAAAAACCUAAUUUGUGACAGGCCAUUGUUUUAUUACAAUGUUAUUAACCAGGUUUGUCCACAUUCUAUUUCAAAAUAAAAGACGUGGGGAGUGAA